AUGGAGUCUUAUUCUUACGAGGAGGAUGAGUUCGAGGCUCCGGACAGCCCCAUAGCCUCUCAAUGCAGUGCCCCGGUCGCGAUCGAGGACGGAGGUCUGGCUUUCGGCCGCAGAGAUCGCGAGUAUCGCAGUGACCAUUGGGACCACAGCGACAUCGAGGAACACGGCGACUUUGAAGACCACGGCGAUUUUGAAGACCCCGUCAUCGUUAGGAGUUCGUCGGUGCAACUUCUCGAAUCCGACCCCGACGUCUCUGCCACCCAAAAAUCAGUUGGCACACCGCUGGAGCCCGAGCGUGAUGCUUUUCCGACACAUGCAGAUCCGCCAGGCGCGUCGCCCAUGAGCCCCCCAGUUGAUCCUACGGCACUGGCUCAUUCAGGGCACAGCACCUUGCAGGGCGACUCGAUGCCGGCCAGGAUUCCAGUCAAGCGGAGUCUGGUUCGGGGAUGGUCCACGAGCAGCCUUCAGACAGAGCCGCCGCCUCCUGUUCCAGAUGACAAUGAGCGCAGGUCGAUGAACUUUCCCGCGCAUCCACCUGAGUCCGCACUACUUUCACCCGAUUCAAGCUCGGGCGACGACAUAGUCAUCCACAACCGAGCCUGGGCUCGGCAUCCGAAUGUUCGGCGACACCUCCACCGUCCGAAUCGUCUCCUUCACAACUCCGAAUCUGAGCUUGGAAAUGCCGUCCAAGAUCAAACUUCCCAGCAUCGCAAUCCAACAAGCGACCAACCCGAGGACUCUGAUGCGCUGCUGUUCACUCGGAGGAACCACAGAAUAUCUGGACUUGCCGCCUCGCCAAGCCCCUCGAUAUCACCCAGCACCCGUUCCUGUCCAACCCAGCCAGCCGCAGCUCGGUCCUCAGAAAGCAGGGCCAAUGGGGCCUUGGAAAGAAUAAGACGGAUUCGUAUUCCCGUGGCUUCUUCCCAUGAAGCCGCCGACGGGACCGACCUCCAAACGGUUGCUGCGGCGCCGCGCACCAAGUCCCAACCUCAUCUCAGCCGUCCUCCGUGGAGGCCAUCUAACAUCAACUGUGCCACUUACCAUGACCCGGCAACGCUCACCAGCAGAAAAAAACCGGCGUCAGUCCCCCGCGUCACCCAAUUUCAAAAGCUGAAUGUCAAGCGUCGACCGGCAUUUGCUGUUCCCUCCGGCUCGGUCCUGGGGAACGCUGAAAGGCUCAAGCAGGCCCACGACCGUCGAUGCAUGGUGCUCUCAGCCAAAGACCAUCCGCCAUUUCAGUCGCAGGUGAUGCAUCAGUACAACCUUCGAGCAGCCUCGAGAAGGAGACAAGUAGUCAGCCAACUGCAGCACCGAUACAGCCAGCGAACCAAGAUUACCUCUCGCACCCGGAUGGAUCCCAAGUUCCUGGUUCGCCGUUCGCCAUGGACAACACAAAAGUCAGGUUUUGUCUCAGAGCAGAGCGUUGCGGUGUGGAACAAAUCCAGCCGGCUCAUGGGCCGCGUUGCUCCUGCACAAGCACCAAGGAUGCCUCAGAUGCACCAUCCUGAUGAUCGGCCGGAACCAAAGUCCUCAACGCCAGCCGCUCUGCGUCGGGAAGUCGCUGAUGAUCCUGUUUCGGAGCUCGAGCAUCGGUUAGUGAACCUUCGGUGCACGGUCGAGACAAGCGCUGCUUCUGGGACUCGGGCCUUUGUUCGCCAGUGUAUCGAGCUCUCUAGAUUCUGGAUUAAACAGGACAACUAUCGCGAGGCACUCUCAAUGCUGUUGAGAGGUAGGGAGGCCGUCCAGCGGUCACUGAACGACAAAGCCCCCACGGCUACAACGGGUGGAAUCGAUGAGAAGAAUCCGCUGGCUGCUUUGGACGAGUCGAUUCGGAUGGAUGCGAUUCUGAAUAAGCUUAUCAAUAUACUGGUCCACGUUCGGCUAUUGGGAGUCAAAGAGAACGUUCGGAAGCUCAAGCUGCGAACGACUUGA